UAUGUAAAAGACUUGGUUAGAAAUACCUAAAAGACCACUUGAUAUCAAUUUUGAUAUCAAAACCAUAAGGAAUCAAGUAAAAGAUAAAUUAGUACCUCCUUUUUAAUACAAUACAAACUCUGGAUCCAAAUAAUUUAAUUCGUUUAGGUAAAACGAUAUUCUAUACCAGAAAAGAAAGCUUGCCUACUAUUCCUUCAUUUGACAAUUUAUAAGCUAAAAUAAGAGAUUUCUCAUAUACAAGACUUCAAUCUACAUCCUCUCUUCAAUCUAAAAUCACAUCAACUAAAAAGUAUGAUGAUUAAUCUCCUAAAAAAACAAUAAGGUAUUAUAUUAAUGAGUCUUAGUUCUAUGGGCUUUAGAAAUAACAUUCAAAGUUAUAGACAAUAAUCAAUAAUAUAAUAACCUAUUGAAUUAAAUUACAGAACUUAAUAAAAAAGAUCUUUAGUUGAGAAUCUAUAAUUAAAUGAAAUUGUAUCUUUAAGAAAUAAGAUCGAAUCAUCAUACUCAAAUAGAAAUUCACUCUCUGCAAAGUAUACAGAUAUAAUCAAUUUUUAGUUAUGUUAGUGAACUUGUGAAAUUAGCUUAAGCAAUUACAAAUGCUUUGAAAUGAG